AUGAGUUCAAUUGGUACAGGAUACGAUUUGGGACUUUUCUUUUCCCCAGAUGGACGUCUGUUUCAGGCGGAAUACGCGUACAAGGCGGUAGAAAAUGGAAGUACUUGUAUUGGAAUUAAAUGCAAAGAUGGUGUCAUUCUUGCCUUAGAGAAAGUCGUUACUAGCAAGCUAUUAAAACCUCGUGCCAACCCCCGUAUAGGAUCUGUUGGUCGUCAUGUUGGUAUUGCUACUACUGGAUUUAUACCUGAUGGAAUGCACAUUUUAAAACGUGCUAGAGACGAGGCUAAUGCUUGGCGUGAUAACUACGGAUCAGCCAUUCCCGGAUCGGUUAUGGCCGAUCGAAUUGGCAAUUACGUUCAACUUUUCACUUGCUAUUCGAGUGUUCGUCCUUUUGGUGUCAUGUCUUUUGUUGCUGCAUAUGAUGAUCAAGGCCCCCAUUUGUAUAUGAUUGAGCCUAACGGUGUUUAUUGGGGAUACAACGGUAUUUCAGCCGGUAAGGGUCGCCAAAUUGCUCGUAACGAACUUGAAAAGUUGGAUUUCUCGACUUUAAAAAUGAAAGAUGCUGUUAAAGAGGCAGCAAGGGUUAUAUAUGCAACCCAUGACGAGGAGCACAACAAAGACCAUGAAAUAGAAAUGACUUGGGUAGGUGAAGAAACUAAUGGUAUUCAUACAGCUGUCCCAGACGAACUAUUACAAGAGGCUGAAGCAUAUGCUCGUCGUACAGUUGAAGGCGGCGAAGAUGAGGAUGUUCCCAUGAAUGAGUAAUUUAAUAUUGCAAGAUUCUCGUGAAUGCAGCUUGUUUCUUACAUUUUUAUGAAUAUUGUCCCUUUCCCGUAUCCUCAUUUCUGAGGAAUGAAAAUUCGGAAUCUUCCGAAUCCUGAUAACCGUCGUUUGUCAAAAAGUAGUUACAAAAGUCCCUGCUUGACAUCUUUAUUCCCGUUCUUUUAUUACCGAUUUCAAAAUGAUACGAAAAUUUGUUCGAAACAGCAUGUGCUCCUUUCUUAAGAGCUUCAUGAACAGAAUAUGCGUUUCCCUAUCCGUCGUUUUCUUACACUCCACAGUUGAUGCCGAUAAGCCGUUCGCAAAUUUGAAUGACUCGGAAUGAUUCAUGAUUCUUUAUAUACAAUCCCUAACUUUGAUACACAUCAAAGACACUUAAAGUAGCUCCUUCUGUUUUUUCAUGGGACACAAUUAUUUCAUAGACUAUUCUAUUCCUUUUUUCAUGGCUCAUACAUAACAUUUAUGAAAUACUAGUUAUAAGUAA